GACACGCUGUUGCCGCACUGGCACCUUCUUGUCCUCCAGGGCUGUUGGCGAAGCUGCCUUCUAGGCAGCGGCCCCAGGCUGUCCUGUGGCAUGGGGUUACUCUGUCUCAGGAGCACGACUUUGCAUUUACCUUUGAACUCCAUAAUGUUCCUGCCAUCCUGUGUCUCCAGCCUGUUAAGGCACCUCUGAAUAGUAGCUCUGCCCUUCGGCUUGUUGACCGCUCCCUCCAGUGUGGUGUCACCUGCAGGCUUGCUGAACGUGUGUAGUGUCUCAUCCUCCAGUUCAUGAACAUGAAAGGUGUUAAAUGGCAUUGGCCCUUCUCUCGGUUCCUGAGGCAUGGUGUUAGCUGACCACCAGCUGGACUUGGGCCCUAGUGGUCCAGCCAAUUUUCCGUUCACCUGGUCUGAUUAUCAGCCCACGUCACCUAUGUGGCUAGAAGGGUACCACAGCAGACCAUGCUGAAAGCCUGCUUAGGGUAGACAAUAUCUACUACUCACCCCUUAUCUGCACAGUCACUCAUCUGACCGCAAAAGCCAGCCAGGUUGGUCAGCCAUGAUUUGGCAUUGGUAAGUCUGUGCUGGCUGCUCUCAGUCCCCUUCUUGUAUGCUGUGUGCCAGGAAGUGGUUUCUGGGAGCAUUUGCUCUGUAACUUUCCCAGAGACGAGGGCGAAGUUGACUGACCUGCAAUGUUCAGGACCCUCUUGCUUGGCAAUUUUGCAGGCUGGUGUAACAUUUGCCUUUUUCCAGCCAUCAGGAGCCCCCGUUUACCACUGUGACGUUUGAGCCCUCACAGGGACAUCAGCCACCCCCCUCGUGUGUAUCCUGUCUGGUGCCAUGGACUCAUGUGUGUCCAGCUGGCUUCAGCGAUCCUUCCCUUGAUCUUCUUCUGUGUAAUGCUGCAUUCUGACAGACUGCCUCAGGGCACAGGGACUUGGGAGGCCCAAGGAACAAGGCAAAAAGGCACACAUCACCUCAGCCUUUUCUGUGUCCUGUGUCACUAGUUCCCUUCCCCCACUCAGCACCAGGCCUUCCCGCAGAGGUCAGGGUGAUUGACAUCCCCCAUGGGGACCAGGGCCUGCAGUCAUAAGUCUUCCCUAGCUGUCUAAAGAAGAUGUACCCAUCACCUCCCAAGUCGUUAUUACCUGCUCUGAGGCAAGGCUCUGUGUGUUCAGGCUACUUCUUUGUGCAGAUCACAACGUCUUCUACUUAGCUCCUUGCUGCUCUUUCCCAAAGAGCCUGUGCCAUUUAUUGCAGCUCUCCACUCAUGUAAACUUCCCACCAUGCCUCUGUAGUCCCAGUGGGAUUGCACCUUUGCAGUUGUGCACAGACUCCUGAUUCCUGCUUGUUCCCCUGUUGCGUGUGUGUUUGUCCAGACUCUUGAAAUGGGGACCUUUCAUGGGGAAGUGAAGGAGCCUCCCCUAGCAUGCUGUUUCCCAGACAUCCUCACUGUCCCCCGCUUUUUUCCAGGCCUACCAGUCUGGGCCACCCGGUCUGCCUGGCCCCUGCCUGCCCUCCUUCCCCAGAAUCCCCACCAGUCCCCUCAGGGUCACUUGCCACCGCUUCCUGACCUGUGCCCACCUUGCAGGCAUCCCUUUUCAGGCCGUGAUGUGCCCAUCUCUAACGGCUCGGGUUUUCUGGUGUCUCCGGAUGGGCUUAUUGUGACCAACGCACAUGUGGUGGCAAACCGGCGGCGCGUGCGGGUGAAGCUGGCCAGCGGCGAGCAGUAUGACGCCGUGGUACAGGACGUGGACCAGGUUGCAGACAUUGCUACCAUCAAGAUCAAGCCUAAGCAUCCGCUGCCCACCCUGCCCCUUGGGCGUUCCUCCGAGGUGCGGCAGGGAGAGUUCGUGGUGGCCAUGGGCAGCCCGUUCGCCCUGCAGAACACCAUCACCUCUGGCAUCGUCAGCUCUGCCCAGCGGGGCAGCCGGGAGCUGGGCCUGACCGCCUCUGACAUGGAGUACAUCCAGACUGAUGCUGCUAUCGAUUUUGGGAACUCUGGGGGCCCCCUCGUCAACUUGGAUGGCGAAGUGAUUGGGGUGAACACUAUGAAGGUGACAUCAGGCAUCUCUUUUGCCAUCCCCUCAGACCGGCUGCGGAAGUUCCUGCAAAAGGAGGAGCAGCGCAAAAGCUCUUGGUUUGGCAAUGCAGAGACAAAGCGCCGUUACAUAGGGGUAAUGAUGUUGACUCUUACACCAAGCAUCCUGGCUGAGCUGAAGCUGCGUGACCCCAGCUUCCCCGAUGUCUCCCAUGGAGUGCUAAUCCACAAGGUGAUCAUUGGCUCCCCAGCCCAUCAGGCAGGGAUGAAGGCAGGUGACGUUGUGCUGGAGAUCAACGGGCAGGCAUCGCGCCGCGCAGAGGAUGUGUACGAGGCAGUACGGACACAGCAGAGCCUGGCCUUGCUGGUGCGGCGUGGCUAUGACACUUUGCUGGUGAGCGUUGUCCCUGAGGUCACGGAGUAGCAGUGCUGUCGCGCAGGCCGCUGCAGGCACUGGCUGGUGGUGCUGGCCGAGAGCCGAGGACGUGGGACUGAGCCAUGUCUGCGCCAGUCAGGGAGAGACUGAGAGCUUGCGAGGGACUGGAAGAGGCCAGGCAGAGGGGCCUGGCCCGGUGCUUGGGUGGACUCGUGGUGCAACUGUUCCCCUCUGUACUCAAAUAAAGCACUUUUCUAGG